GUCGAGUGCCGUAUAUGGUCAUAUGUUGUAUUGUAAAACAAUUUAAUCCUUUUGUGGCUAAAUAAAACUGUGUUUGCCGGUAUUUCUCAUCAUUCAGAUUGUUAACUCUUCUAUCUGUUAGUAGUACCACUAGUUUGUAAGGACAAUGUGUGACGACGACGUAGCCGCUUUAGUUGUAGACAAUGGAUCUGGAAUGUGUAAAGCUGGAUUUGCAGGAGAUGAUGCUCCAAGAGCUGUAUUUCCAUCCAUUGUUGGAAGACCAAGACAUCAGGGCGUGAUGGUUGGUAUGGGACAGAAAGACAGUUACGUUGGUGAUGAAGCCCAGAGCAAAAGAGGAAUCCUUACUUUGAAAUACCCAAUUGAACACGGAAUCGUCACAAACUGGGACGAUAUGGAGAAAAUCUGGCAUCACACUUUCUACAAUGAACUCCGUGUAGCACCAGAAGAACACCCUGUUUUACUGACAGAGGCUCCACUUAACCCUAAAGCCAACAGAGAAAAGAUGACACAGAUUAUGUUUGAAACCUUCAACUGCCCAGCCAUGUAUGUAGGAAUCCAAGCCGUAUUGUCCCUGUAUGCCUCUGGUCGUACAACUGGUAUUGUGUUGGACUCUGGAGAUGGUGUAUCCCACACUGUUCCAAUCUACGAAGGUUAUGCCCUUCCUCACGCUAUCUUGAGAUUGGAUCUCGCCGGACGGGACCUGACAGACUACCUCAUGAAAAUUCUGACCGAACGUGGGUAUUCAUUCACAACCACAGCCGAGAGAGAAAUCGUCAGAGACAUUAAAGAAAAAUUGUGCUAUGUAGCACUAGACUUUGAACAAGAAAUGCAAACAGCUGCAUCAUCAUCAUCAUUAGAAAAGAGUUACGAGUUACCCGACGGACAAGUCAUCACUAUUGGUAACGAAAGAUUCCGAUGCCCAGAGACCAUGUUCCAACCAUCAUUUAUCGGAAUGGAAACUGCCGGUAUCCAUGAAACAACAUACAACAGUAUCAUGAAAUGUGAUGUGGAUAUCCGUAAAGACUUGUAUUCCAAUGUCGUGUUGUCUGGUGGUACCACCAUGUACCCAGGUAUUGCUGACCGUAUGCAAAAGGAAAUAUCUGCCUUGGCUCCACCAACAAUGAAAGUCAAGAUCAUUGCUCCACCAGAAAGGAAAUAUUCUGUCUGGAUCGGUGGUUCCAUCUUGGCUUCACUCUCAACCUUCCAACAGAUGUGGAUCAGCAAACAAGAGUAUGACGAGUCCGGUCCAUCCAUCGUCCACAGGAAAUGUUUCUAAACAAAUAACUCAAGUUUAAUAACAUUAUGAAAACAUUUAUCGUAAGACAGUUUGAGCCAUGAACACAAGCAAGAGGCCAUUGGUGACUGUUCUUUUAUUACAUGUACCUAUACAAUAUUGUAUUUAUGAUUAGGACACAAAUAAAAAAAGAUAGUUGAUUUAAAA